AUGGAAUCAACAUCAACAACAACACCAACAUCAACAUCGACAACAAGUUCCCCUCCACCACCACAACAGCAACAACAACAACAGAAUACAAUGAUGAUGAUAAGGACAAGUUUACAGAGCAAUAAGUUGGAGAUUGAUGACGUUGUAUUAAAGGAUACAUAUGUGUUGCGUAAUCUGAAGAUCACGUCAUUGGUCGAUCAUCCAGUGACAGUAUCACUGAGAUCAGAUCUGCAGCAGAUCGCCUUUCAGAGCACCAACGAGAAUCUACAGGACACAGACACAGAGAUACCAGUACAGGACGAUGACUUUAAUCAACUGUUCAACGAGGUGAACAUUAUCGAUCAGAUCACAUUGCAGCCCCACCAGACCAGCAACGUCGUCAUGUCCUUCCGGCCCUCAUCGCUGCUGAACCAGCAGGACCAGGACGACCUGCGUCAAACAGGCUUCUACAACUACUUUGAGGUCAAGGGCAAGCUCUAUCUGACCGUGGCUGUGCCUGCCGCAGCCGCACCCGCCACGACCACACCCGAGGCCAUUCAGGAGGAACAGCAACAGCAACAACAACAACAGGAUACUACUCCCGCCGCGGUAGUAGCCCAACAACAGCCACCACAGCCACAACCAAUGAUCAUUGAUGUACUCACAAGAGUAUGUCGUUCACAGAUUAAGGUCGAUGUCAAGGAGGUGAUCUUUGACGACUGCGUCGUGGGCACGACCUACAUCAAGGACCUGACGAUCUGGAAUCGCUCAGAGAUGCCACUGCGCUUCUCAAUCUACUGCAAGGAGAAGGCCAUCAGCAUGUUCCAAUUCACCGACUACUCCACGGGCCAACCCAUGUCUGUUGACAACCAGAUCGUGCCCAGCUACUCCUCGCUCUCGAUGCGAAUUGGGUUCACGCCCACCUCUAUCGGGCAAUCAACCUACAAGUUCAAACUAGAGAACAAGAACGACACGUCCAACUACGAGCUAGUAGUCGUGCACGCCACCGUGUCCAAUGAGCAACAGAUUGAGUUGAUUCAGGUCAGCAACAACUCAUUCGACAUGGGUGACUGCUAUAGCGAUGUGCCCACUUAUAACAAGUUCACGGUGAAGAACAUCAGCGAGGAACCAGUGGAUAUUAGCUUCAACAGCGACCUGUUUGACGAGGUCACCUUCCUGCUCCACGAGGAGGAGGAGAAGGACACCAACAAGAAGAAGAAGGCCACAACCGAGCCAGCGACAACAAUUGGCGAGCAUCGCGUGCCCUCGGCAGAGGAGUCGUCGCGCACUGGCAAGAAGGAGGUCAACGAGGAGAUCGAGGAGAUGACACUGAACCCAGGCGCCGAGCGCGUGAUACACGUGCGCUUCAUCCCCAAGCCCAUGUUCUCAGCGAGCGACUCUCGCCAGUUCCGUCUCACAGCCAAGUCGUUCCGUCUGCUGCUCAAGUACGGAAAGUCCACGCUCAAGACCAAGCAGAAGAACAAAACGAUCAAGGUGGCCAGCCGCGUGUGCACCUCCAGCUUCACAAUCCCCACAGACAUCAACCUCGGCGACUGCACGGUGGGCCAGCUGAUCUCGCCCGUUGUACAUAUCACCAACCAGUCGGACCUGCCCGCGCUCAUCCAGCUGCGGUACCAGUCCAAGGUCAUCGCUUUCCGCCUCCAGUCGAUCCCCAUCCCGCCACGCCAGUCCUACGACCUGCAGAUGGACUUCCUGCCGCGCAAGAACAACCCCGAGUACCGCAAGCAGAUCACUUUUGUCAAUGCCAACAACCCGGACAACACCGAGUAUCUCGAGGUGCGCGCCAACAACAUGGACGAGCAGUCCAUCUCGGUGCACUCACGCUACUAUCAUCUCGAGACGCCGUUCUCGCGUAACUAUAUCGACUUUGAUGAGGUCAUUGUCAACUGCCCCUCAAUGCGCACGUUCAACAUCAAGAACACGUCCAAGUCGACGUUGACGCUGUCGCUCAGCACGUCGUUGCCCGAGGAGAUCAAGCUGUACCGCGAGAAUGUUCGCGACAUCAGUGCCAUACCCACGCAACUACAGAUCACACGUCAGUCGCUGGUGCAUGACUACAUCACAAAGUUCUUUGAGGGCGAGGAGAUCGACCCCAUCGGCGCCAAGAACUACGGCGCGCGCAACCGUGGCGUCAACAGCCAGUACCUGGACCUAGCCCUGCCCAAGACCAAGUCACAGGUGUCUGGUGCCAAGAAGAAGGCCUUUGCCGACCUCCAUCAGGCGCCAACAACGUCGACCGCGUCCUCCACCACCAACUCGCGCACCAACUCGCGUGCUUCCUCCCCAACGCACGAGUUUGAGCGUGGGCCGUCACAGCACUCCAACGUUAAUGAUGACACGUUCGACAGCGACACCACUGGCACGCACACUCUCGAGUCGGCCUCCUCCUACAUGUCCACUGCGUCCAACCUCGGCUCAUUCCCGCUCUCACAGCUGGUCACCUCAUUCGAGGACAACACAUUGCCAUUGUUCACCGACUUUGAAUCGGAAACCAGUUACAUUCAAUCACAGAUAGAGAAGUACAAGCGACUGGAGAUAAUAGUGCAGUCGGGUCAAUUGAUGCCCGCCAACACAAUAGAGUUGGCUUGCGACGAAGAGAUCACAAUCUACAUUGUAUUCGUCGUAUUGGAUUCCAAGCGACCAUGGCUUGGUGGCAAGCUCAAGAACAUGGAGGCCAAGCUAUUCAUCACAUUGCAGAAGCAGAAUGACAAGCCAUUGCUCAACACUGCUGUUAGAGAGAUGAAUAUCACUACCAAGGUGUGCAAGUCAAUCAUGGAUCUGGCACAGAGGAACAUCAACUUUGGAAGCAUCGUUCAGUAUGAUUAUCGAACAAAGACAUUGGUCAUCAACAACUUGACACAGGUGCCACUCAUCUAUCGCAUCAAGAAGUCUGGUUCAAUCACAAGUGGCAACCUCAACAUUACAAGUAUUGACAGAAUGGGUAUAGUCAGGCCAUUCAGAAAGAGAGAAGUACAAUUCGUAUUCAAACCAACAUUCUCUGGAAUAUUUGAUGAGAAGUUGAUCAUUGAGAACAUUUAUGAUAGUGGAAACAAUCAGACUGUUCAUAUCAAGGCCAAUGUGAAGAGGCCACGUCAUUUCUUCUUGAACACACUGGACAUUGACUUUGGUCCUUGCUUGAUCAAGGGCAAGUCGAUCACCAAGCGAAUCACACUCACAAACACAUCGACCCAGAAGCGUGUGUUCAAGAUCAUCGACGACACGCCCAGCACCUUUGAGAGCUGUUUGAACAAGCUGUUCUUCCGUCUGGAGGAGCGCGGCGCGCUGUCCAUCUCCAAGGAGGCCGAGAUGGAGAUCGACAUGUUGGAGCGCAAGCUCAAGAUCUGUCGAAGAAAGGGCCAACACGAGAAGGCUCUCAAGCUCAACAUGCAGAUUGAAAAGUUGCGUAACUCUGGUACACCAACCAUGCCCAUGAUCCCAAUCAGCCGCGCAACAUCACCUGCACUCGAGUCUGAGGAUGGCGGCAACCCCAAUCCAUCAGCGGCGGCAGCACCAGCACCCUCGACUAUUACCCCAACGACCCCAGUGUCCGCUGACCAGUCCAGCAUGUCCAAGGUCAGGGACAACUCAAUCACAUUCGAAGUCGAUGGCGGUGGCAUUCAGAACAUUUUGGUGUACUUUGCACCAAUCCCCAAGCCAGGACGACGCCAAUGGUACGGCAAGGAGGAGGGCACAGGCUCCAUCCUCGUCUACGAGUCCAAGAACAUCGACGUCACCAAGAAGCUCAACUAUGCCGCGACAAUCUGCUUUGACGAGGAGACCUACCGCCAGAACAUGUCGCAGUCGGUGCUGGUCGAUGAUUCCCUCACCCGCUCGCCAAUGGUGCCAGUCAUCAUCAGUCCCGCCGCAUCGCCCAAGUCGACCAUCGUCACGUCCACAGCAACAUUGAUCAGGCCCAUUGCUGCCAAGCCGGCGGGCAUGGCUACGACGAUGCUCACGCUCACCCCGCCCAAGCUCGACCUUGGCGAGGUGCGUGUCUACGAAGACAUCCCCUUCAGAUUCACCCUGGCCAAUCAUUCUGGCUUCCGCGUCAACUACGAACUGACCAUCGUGCCCGCCACAUCGACGAGCAUCACCAGCACGCCAGCUUCACCGCCAACCACCAUGCAGUCAAUGUGUCCACUCAUUCUCAAGCAAGAGAAGCAGGGAGUGAUUGAGCCAUACGGACGCAGGAACAUCGAGGUUGUGUGUCAGCCACAGUUCCCAGGCAAACAAACGCAUACCAUCCUCGUCAAGUCAAGCUCGCACGCCACCUUUGAAGCCAGCUUCCAGGUUACCCUCAGUCCUCGUCCACCCCAAUACGUACUGUUCCCCGACCUCCCUUCAUCCCAAAUCCUAGACUUUGGUGACUGCUACUACGACAAGUCCAAGAAGUUCUCCAAGACUUCGUCCUUCCGUCUGGACAAUCUAUCACAUAAAUCAUUGUACAUCAGUAUGAAGUCCAACUUGUCGAUGCAAAUAUUCAUCUUCCAGGACGAGAAACUCACAAAGCCAGCGGACAACAUAUUCCUCAAGGGUUACGAAAAGUCGUUGGUGUACAUUUGUUUGCAGCCAAGCAUGACGUCCGAGAACUACAUCGAUGGACAUUGUCGUGAGUUGGUCGGAGGUAUCCGAGUCAAGGUGCACGACACUGAGCACCACAGCCUCUACGAGAACACCAUCAAGUUCACGGCAUUGGUCGGAAAGAGCAUUAUCCGUGUGGGCAAGACACUCAUUGACCUGGGCUCCACACGCAACAUUGGCGACACAGUUAGCGGCAGCUUCAACAUUGCCAACGUCACCACUCUGCUCCCGCUGACCUACACGAUCACCCACUCCAAGAACCUCAAGCUGUCUAAGGUCGAGGGCACAUUGGAUGGCGCAGAGACCCCGCACGGAAUGUCCAAGGAGAGGAUCCACUUCUCUCUGCACACCCCCGUCUAUGGCCUUUACGAGGAGAAGGUCAUCAUCGCCAACCUCGCCUGCCCGGGCCAGAAGCUCGAGGUCAACAUCAGGCUGCUGGUGGACGACGCCUCGCUCCUGACCAACCUACCACUCAACUCAAACAGCUGCGACAUCCUCAAGUUCGAGGACAUAUAUGUCGAACCACUGGCACAGCUGCUGCUGGACGACAAGCGAGCCACAGACUUCUCAAUCUCGCGAGGUUACACUGACAGGUCGGCACAGGCCUCCCUGCUCAUGCCAUUCACCAUGCGCAACUUCUUGAAGUACGACAUUCGCAUCUACCCCAAGAGCAACCUGCACUUGAUACUCUUUGUUCAUGAGCCAUCGGUCGAAGAGCUGGCCUCUUCAAUCAUCCCAGGCACGCCCGAUAAGCGUCGCUCAAUCAGACUGUGUGGCAAGCCAUUCGUGCUGAGCAGCGACCAGAAGAUCAUGGUGUACCCACAUCCACCCCAGCCCGAGUCGUUGCUGACGCCCAAGAAGAAGACACUGCUGUGGAAGGGCAGGAAGGUACAAUACCAGGGCACUCUGGUGUUUGAGCGAUCAGACUCGACUCACUACCCCAUCGGUCCAGCUGAGGGCCGCACGCACAUCAGCAAGCUAGUCACAAUCAGCGGCUCAUACUGCAUGUCAUUGGGUGAGCUCACUGAGCAGUCCGUGGACAUUGGCCGCAUUGGUUACGAGAACAGCUGGAAGGAAGUCAGCAUCAUGGUCGAGAUCCAGAACCUCUCCGAGAUCCCCCUGCUCAUCAAGAUCAUGCCGCUGCCGUCCAAGUCCCUGCGUUUCUCCAGCUCAAGCUCAGGCACGAUAUCCACAAGCUCGCAAGGUUCGCCACUCAAUCUCUCAAUGCAGGAGAACUUCACGGCCAUCGACGCCGAGACACCCGCACUGCCAAUACCCAGCAAUCAGAUAUCAGUGUCGGCUGGAGGUGAGGGCGGCGAUCAGAGCCUCCUUGAGAUCGGCGCGUCCGAGUCCAAGCAGUUGCUGUUCGUCCUUGAUCCCAAGAAGAUUGAGCAGUCGACAGCCGGCCCACUCACUCUGCCCAUCGACUUUGAGAACAUGUACAACCGCCACAACAACAUGCGCUACAACAUCAAGCUACAGCACACAUUGCGCGUCAUCACAUUUGGCCGUCUGGUCGACAACGAGUUCAUUGUGCCCACACUGUACCAUCCACCCACGGCCAGCUCGGCAACACAGUCGGACGAGUGGUUCACGAUCGAGAACACUUCGAACAAGUCACUCAAGAUCAACGUAGACGUCGAGCUACUGCCCCACAUCCAAGAGUUGAUCAACGUUGAGGUGAUCCACAAGUCGAGUAAUGCGCCAAUUCCCAGCUUCUCGCUGCGCCCCUCCGAACUUAUCGAGGUGCGUGUUCGUGCCAAACCCAAGCCCGACAGCAAGCUGCCCCAGCAAUACGACCUGUUGUCCCAGUUUGGACGCAUCUGCAUCAACACCAACCUGUACCCCAUCGAGGUUGUCCCCCUCCGCGGCUCCAUUCUGCCCGGCCAGACCUUCUCGCUGUCAGUGUCCAAGAUCAACUUCAACUCAAUGGCCCGUCUCACCAACUCUGAUGGCACGGAGGAGCAGUCGCUGCAGUCAAUACUCAGCGACAACUUCAAGAUUCGCAAUCCAUCGUCACACUUCUCGUUGCGAUAUCGUGUCGAGGCUCAGUUGCCCAACAAUGCAACGCCAUUCAAGUUGUCCAUUACGCCCGAGGAGGGCGAGGUAGCACCCAAUGAGUCCAAAACUGUGGACAUCAAGGUGGAGUUGCCCGAAGAGGACAUGCCCCCAAGCAGCACAUUCAACGUCGUUGUCACAGCCAUUGACAGCUUCAACAAGGAGGCACAGAAGCUAUCAGUCUACAUCCUCGGAGGUAUCAAGCCCAUCUCAUCUCCUCCACUCUCAUCACAACAACCUCAUGCACAGCAACCUCAGGCACAGGCACCAACCGCACAACAGACCACGCCAGUGAUUGAGAGUGCCGCCACACACGGACAGGCAACACAGCAACAACAGACCUCUACAACCACCACAACAGUAGCUCAACAAUCUCCUGCUACGUCAUCACCGACCAACACUCAACCAGUGGCACAACAACAAUCACCAGCCAGCACUCAGACAACUCCUCCAGUCACAGUGGUUGCCGUCCCUACUGGCCCAGCCGCGCCACAAAGGAUAUCACUCAAGGGAUGCACACCAAUACCCAAGAUGAAGAACUGCUACGAGAUCAACUUGAACCAGCAGGAGUACACACCUGGCACCGUUCAAUGGGAACUGACCCUGGAGAAUGUGUCUGGCAAGUCUGUCGAGUACUUUAUGUACACUACCAAGCAGACCGACGAGCAAUGGCUCAGCAUGAGCAGGAACAGUGGCAAGAUCGAGUCACAGGGCCGUCACAACAUCACGCUGACCUUCUCAACGAAGCGCAUGGACAUGUACUCUGCCUACCUUAUCGUGGAGAACAAGAGCAAUCCAAGCGAUCAGAAGACCAUCCACAUCACAAUGGACGUCGUGGCCAAGCUCAACACACACUUCAACAUCAUGGUGGACGGACGACAACAAGAGGCAUCGCUCAUCAAUCUAGGCGACGUCUUUUACAACACCACAUACACCGAUCGUUCAUUCAUCGUGUCCAACACAUCAUCGAUGCCACUGGACUUCCUCCUCACAACCAGUCUUCCGCCCACCGAUCAGACCGAGGUCUGUUUCUCAUUGAGCAGGUCAUACUUGCGAUCUUUCAACUCUCUGUAUGUCAAUGCCAACUCGUCGGUCAAGGUAUUCAUCUUCUUCCAUCCAUCGGGAGACACUAGCACGAGCGAGGACCACGCCGUGCAAAAGGACAUCAAGAUAUUUGUCAACUGUAGAUUGAUCAGAGACUUCCAACAUGUCAUCACCCUUUUGGCCACGUGCAGGAACCCUCAGAUACGUUUGUCAGACUACAACACAGUGUUUAUUGGUCGUGUGAUCACCAGAGACACCCAGCAGACCAUCGUUGGCGCAGGAGAUCAACAUGAUGAGACAAACAUUGCAUCGUCAUCGCAUGUUGUCGCAACACCUUCAUCCUCAAACUCUAUAUCCACAUCGACCAAGGACUUAAAGAUGAAGAAAUCAUUCGAGCAUUCCAGUGGACCACUCACAGGCAGCAGUGCAAUCAAGUCAUCGUCAGUGCCCAGCCUCAGUGUGCAGGGCAAGAAGCUACUUGUGGACAUUGAGUUCCAAAACGACGUCAGCGACAUCACCAUCUACAACAACUUCACGACACCACUCAGCUUCUGCCUGCGUUCCAACCCAAUGUUCUUUGUGAUCAGUGGCAUCAAUGAUGGCGUGGUGGCGGCUGGCGAUCAAUCAUUCGCCACCAUCUCAGUGCAGCCCAACAUCCAGGUCAUCUUGGAGAACUCCAACCUGCUGCUCAAGGAGAAAUACCUUGAGGAGUACAUCAUUCUCUACAACAAGAACAGGCUCAGCGAGAAGUACGUCAUAUCCUUGCGAAUCACAAUUGGCAACCUCACAGCAUUCUCCUCAUCGUCGGGACUCAAGGGCGGUUAUCACUACAGGAACCUCGAGUACGGUAUCUCGCGCUUCAACAGAAAGUUCAAAAAGUUCUGGUGGCGCGUUGGCGGUCAGGCCGAUUCACUACUGCUCACUGGUGGCGAGUCGGCUGAGGACGUCACGUCCAAGUCGACAGAAAAGAUGAAGGAACUGUUUGAACGAGGAGCCAAAGAGGACGGCUACGACAAGCUUGUUUUUGAUCUUCACCACGUCACCAAUGAGCUCAUCCUCUUUGGUCUCAAGAAGCAGGUUGGUCAACUUACAUCACAGUUGGCAAGUCUGUUCUACUGUAAUUUAUUCAAACAGAACUUCAAGCUAACUUCUGCGGCCAAGAUCAACACUCUCAAAUCGACGCCAAUUGUUCAAUCUUGCAUCAAGAGUCUUAAUGAGUUCCUUAGUUACUUCCCAGAGAAGAGAGAGGACUUGGUAGAGUUGCGCAACAUCCAAGACCAAUUCUCUGGCUCGCCUGCUCCUUCCACAUCCAAGAAUGACGAUACACAUUAA